AUGAGUUUUUCUAUUGCUCUCCGCCUACUACCUCUCUUUUCUCUUUUCUUGACGCUUUCUUUAGCGCUUCCCCAUGAUACGCAUCAGCAUGCGAGUCGUACAAGCGUAGCCCGGUCUGCAGAGCUCGAUGUUGAUGUUGGAGUGGGCAAAGCUCUGGGACUUACGCUUCACGUCGGCGCCGGAACCAACGGUGCGAACUUGGUGGAUUAUGUUCUCGAGAUAUCCGAGGGUUCUGUCAAUCCUGACGGUGCCAAAGAGCGUAUGGUAUAUCUGCUCAACGGCAAAUUCCCUGCCGACCCGUUGACUAUCGACGAGGGCGACGAGGUCGAGUUUUUCAUUAUCAACAAUGCCACGGAAUCUUUAACGAUGCAUUUCCAUGGAAUCGAGCAGAAAGGCACUCCUUGGUCGGAUGGUGUUCCUGGAGUUACUCAACCUAUUAUUCAGCCAGGCGGAAACUUCACGCACCGUUGGAACGCGACACAAUUUGGUUUCUAUUUUAUCCAUUCACAUUCAAAAUCUCAACAGGACGACGGCAUGUCCAUGACUUUAUAUAUUCGCCCCAGCCCCAAACGGGAACGGCCAUUCGGCAAAAUUUCGGACGACCCGUUGGAUCUGUUCCAGAUGUAUGCAGCUGAACACCACCCUGAGUCAAUUAUGAUAAUGGACUGGCGUCAUUUUCCCGAAUACGAGAUCAGUGAAAUGUGGAAAGAGGCGAACAUUGAACCUCUGUGUGUUCAGUCUAUCCUAAUCAAUGGUAAAGGCUCUUCUGUCUGUCCAUCAGCAGAUGAGUUAGCUGCUAUUGGGACGGCCAGAGGACAUGGCGAUCUGACAGCUCAGGGUUGCCUCUAUAUCAACAAUAGUAUCAUUAAUCCUCAGGGAGAAGGCUUCUCAGCCGAGUCGAAUGUAGCCCUUCUGCCAGAUGAGCUGUGGUUAACAUGCGCAUCUGAAGGCGUCGAUAAUCCGUUAUACAUCCUCAAUGUCGACAACACCAAGACCUCGUGGGUGAUGCUGAACCUGGUAAACAGCGGUGGUCUAUGGGAAGAAGUUUUUUCCAUCGACGAGCAUCCAAUGUACGUCGUUGCUGUCGAAGGAGAAUACGUGAAUACCACGACUCCUGUUGAGGCCGUCACUCUUCAUUCCGGUGUCCGAGUUCAAGCCCUGGUCAAGCUUACUGGUACACCAGGAGAAGCAUAUACCAUCCGUGUUGCAGCGAACGUCGUCCCCCAGGUAAAAUCUGGGUAUGGAAUCCUCCAAUACGCUUCGCCCGACCCUUUCGUUACUCCCACAUUGGUAAAGCCCUCCGUCGGGUACCCAGCUCUUCCCACUUCAGCUGCAUCCAUCGAUUAUACGGGCACAUUGUUGACCACUGCUACUGGUGCCAAGUGUAAUGCCACCGAAUUUGACUAUACCAGUGAACAAGCGUCACCCUAUAUUGCCGACCCUCCUCCAAGCAACAACAACGUUACGCAGACGUUGUUCCUCAAUAUGAAGAGGCCUAACGCAACAACUUGGACGGCCAACGGAACCGGUCUGCAAACUGGUCUGUAUGAGAAUGGUGAACCGUUGAUCUGGGAUUCUGUGUGGAGAGGUGUGCUCGAGGCAGCGGAUGAGGACACAGGUCCUUUUGCUGGCUCUCAGUUGGUUCUGGCGGACAGCGUUUACGUCGUUCCAGAGCAGGGAAGCGUCGUUGAUUUAAUAUUCCUUGUACACGGGGCACAACCAGCACAUCCCAUCCAUAAGCAUUUCAACAGGUUUUGGGUCAUGGGUCAUGGGGUUGGCAGCUUUAACUGGACCUCUGUGGCAGAGGCGGCUGAAGCAAUUCCAGAGUCUUUCAACUUUGUCAAUCCUCCAAAGAGAGAUGGGUAUGAUACCAUACCGUCAACCGCAGAAGGAAGCUGGUUAGCAAUCAGAUAUGUUGUGCAAAAUCCAGGUCCUCAGACUGUGCAUUGCCAUAUAUCACAACACGCUGCCGGAGGAAUGGUUGUUGUGAUUUUGCAAGCCAUGGAAAAACUCGUAUUACCAGAAGAAUAUGCACAACCAUAAAAAUGGUUGCUAUGACUUGUUAUCAGUUUUCUGCCUCGGACUCUUAUCACACUUAAUUAUUUAUCACUUGGACUUUGGAGUAAGUAUGCCUGACGUUUUUCUCUUCCAUUGCUUAAACAUGGACGCUGAAUUCUGAACAUCUCUUUUAUUAUAUCUUAUUGAUUGCGGCGAGUAUUUCUAACAUUGCAGUCUUCAAAGUAUAUAAUUUGUGUCUUUGGGCAAUUUAUCAUGUAUUAGUACACAUAGUACCCACAAUCCAUAAUUUUAUGAGACCUUAUGCGAAGGUGUCGCC